AUGUCUACGCGUGGAGACGACCGCUCCUACAAGGUCGUCUACUCAAGUCGAACCAGAGACGAGUACGAUGAGCGAAUCCCAUCCCGAAAGCCGAGGCGGGACUACGACUACGAUGACGAGCACCGCGUGGAAAAGUCGUACUCCCGCGAUUAUCGUGAUGAUCGCAUAGAGAUUGACAGGAGGUCCAAAACCAGUGACACUCGGACCCAAUUGCCUCCGUCUUCCAGUACGACCAAGACCACUUAUGAAAUCGGCCGGGACAGAAACUCCGAAGCAUAUGUCAAACGUUCCAACGCUGUAGUGAUUGAUCGACCGCACGAUCAUGGCCGAUACGAGUAUGAAAUUCUUCGACCCGAGCGGAGAGAAGAUGGAACUUAUGUUGUGGAUCUUGGUGGUGGACGUUCUCACGACUACGUCGUUGAUGUCGACUCGAGGGGUUAUGAUCGACCGCCGCGUUCGAGAUACGGCGAUCUACCAGCAACAGCUUCCAAGAGGGUGGAUGAUGUGCUCACGUACGAGAUUACUCAAGGCGGGGUUCAUGAUCGAACAGUGAGAGACGUGCGGUACAAGGAUGUUCAAGUUACUGAAGAAAUCGACAAUGACUCCCGCUACAACCGCCGAGGUCGCACGUCGGAGGCUUACGUCGACGAUAUCGCUCCACCGAAACGACUGAGGAGUGCAAUGCGCGGCAGAAAUAAUUCGCCGCCUUCGCUUGUAGAACGACGGAGUGAACACAAUGUGGGGUUCUACAGAGAUCAGAUCAGUCACCACGAUGCCAGUGAAAGCAGGCAUGAAAGGCCAGGCGCUGAGGCACACUUGGCUGGUCGAUACCUUGUUGGCAAUGGAGAAUAUGAGGAUGAAGUCUAUGCGGCUGGUUACACUCGCCGCAACAGAAGCCGAAGCCGCUCCCGAGGAAGGUACGGUCCCCAGAGGAGCGAUCCAAGACUCCAUGAGCACGAUGAAUACGACGAAGAGCGACGAACCUACACCGAGGAGACGAUGCGCCAAUAUGAGUACGAAGACGAACAACGCCCGUAUCCUCCACAAAGAAGCCAUUCCAGAAGACGACACCACCGCCAUCAUCGUCGUGAUGACGACCGGGACAGCUACUCGGAGUAUGACACUGAAGUAGUCAAGCGGACCACAAAGGAAUAUUAUCGAUGA